UGUCACACUUGGGUGUUACCUUGACGACUCAGGGCCCUUUCAGCUCAGUUCCUCCCAUCAUAUGUGACAGAUAGACAGCAGGAAGAGAAAGUAUCAGCAGCGUCCCUCGGCUACAGAGCUACAGACGCGUACAAACACACGUACUGGAGACUGGACAAAAUGAUCCUGCUGCCGCUGGCAUGGACACUGUGGACGGUUUCUCUGUGGACGUUGGGUUCGAGCCAGACCAUGCUGCUGGAACCCCUCACUGUUUUUUAUCCCAAGAUCCUCCGUUCACAGACUAUUGAGUGUGACUGCGCUGACGUCCCCUGUCACUCCGUCUAUUGGUUCCGCAGCAUUUCCAACAACAGCAAAAUGGAGUUCAUCGGCCUGGGCAACCAUGCUGACCGGAUCAAACUCGGGGAUGGAGUGGACAAGAGACGGUUCAAAUUCAUCAUCAAGAGCAAAAAUCUCUUUGCGCUACAGAUCAUCAACUUGACAAAAGAGGACACAGGAACCUAUUCUUGUGUCCUGAAGAAGGGACCCGAUGAAACCUGGAAGCCUGGGAUUCUUCUCCUGCCGGGAGUGACCCCUCAAAUAAUAAAAACUGACACAAAACCGACCGUCAAGUCAGUCUGUCGCUGCAAAAAGCCUCCACAGGAUGGCUGUGGCUCCCUGGUUUUCUGGCCGUUGGUUGGACUUAUCGCAGCCCUGGUUCUAACUCUCGUUGGCACGCUGUACUACUUCAGCCGGCUACCCAAAAAGUGUCGGCACCACUUUGUGAAGAAGCGGUAGAUGACCUAAACUACUGCAUCUACAUCUGAUAUCUGACUCAAGUGACUUGCUCUGACGUCCAGUGGAGCACGAAGGACAUGAAAAUCACCUCCGCUAACAACAUGCCGUCUUCAUUAACAGCGAAAUGUGCGCCGGUUAGAGAAGAGGUUGAUGUGUCCAAGGACAGCAACCAUGUAACAUAUUGUAAUAUAUUGAUUUUUUGUUUUACAUAUAUUACAAGACAGCUCCAGAGCUGCAACACAUUACAUUCUAAACUCUUUGUGUUACUUUCAUCUAUAAUAUGUUUUUGGUUCGUCAAUAAUGCAGAUGACAUCAUAAUUUAUCCAUGUGCUUUUUCAAUCUCUGAAGCUUUUUUUUUGUCUUGAAAUGCGUACAUAACAGAGCAGUUUUUCCUGAAAGCACGAACCUAAUCCGUUUAUUUACAUUAAAACAUUGAUCACUAAACAGCUUAAAAUCAAGUAUUUGCUCAUUUGCUUUUUCCUGUCUUUGGUAUUUAUUUGUGUUUUUUGCAUUUUUGUUUUAAAACAGCAUUGUUACGUUCAUUUUUCUGUGAGCAUGAUUAUGUUAAAUCAAUAAAAUGUUAUAAUUCCAAUCAUU